UUAACCAGGACUCGGAUUCAUCUCCACCCCCCAUCUCGACCUCUCUUCCCCUCCCCAACUUUCAUCUUCUUCAUCUUCACACAGCUUUGUUCUGCUGCCAAAGUCAUCGCCUGCUACAUCUGUCAGGUUCGCUUCUUUGAGCUCUAUCUGGUACGUACGCAAAGUGGCACAGCAUUCACCUUGAGCCCAUACUCUAUGAGCUCUGUUAGUCGGUGCUUGGGCAAGCUUGUCAAGCUGCUGGAGCUGACCUGACAUACGCAUGUAAAGAUCUCGGUCGGUAGCUGACGAUUACCUAUCUGUAGAAUCUCACCUUUGAAUCCAUCUCCGCCUCGAAAUCCCUCAUCAUGCCCGGAAUCCCUCUCCACGCUCUCGACAACCUUAAGGCCAAGCUCAAGGCCGCCUUCAAGAAGAAGGGCGAGAAGGAGCCCGCUGCCGAGAAUAAGCCCGCCGAGAGCAAGCCUACCGAGACCACCACCGAGCCCACCAAGACUGAGGCCGCUGCUCCCCCAGCUCCAGCCACUGAGCCCGCCGCCCCCGUUACUGAGCCCGCCAAGGAGGAGGCCAAGCCCGAGGCCGAGACAAAGCCAGAGGCUCCUGCUGCUGCUACCGACGCUGCCAAGACAGAGGAGGCUGCUCCUGCACCUGCCACUGAACCUGCUGCUCCGGCCGCUGCCCCGACCACCGAAGCCGCUCCCGCUGCCGAGCCCGCCAAGACGGAGCCCGCCCCAGUCGCUGCCCCGGCCGCUGCCCCGGCCGCUGCUCCGGCCGUUGAGACUCCCGCUCCCGCUCCGGCUGCCGUCCCCGCUCCUGCUCCUGCUCCUACCGAGGCUGCUCCGGCCGAGGCCCCCAAGGAGGAGAAGAAGGACGCUGACCCGCCAGCUCCUGCCCCUGCCCCCGCUGCCGCCUCUUAA